AUGUUAUGUCUUAGAGAAAUAAGUGAAAGCGGUGAAAUCGAUCACAUCUGCAUCAGCCGAAAAUGGAGACGGAGCCUGUUUGAUGUCCGGAAUAAACGCAGCACGCACAUCGCGUCUGACCAUCACCUUCUAAUUGGCGAGAUCCGAUUACGCAUUGCUCGGAUUCAGCGGCAGGCGGAGACACUCGAACGGCGAUUCAACACACGCCGACUUGAAGAUCUGGCUGUGAAGAGAUCUUUAAUUCAAGAAAUUGAAACUGGGGCAACGGAUAUUCCGGAAGGUGGCAGCGUAGAAGAGCAGUGGAUGGCCAACAAGGAUCCCUUUAUCGAAACAAGCGAAAACAACCUGAGUGAGCUGCGCAAUCAGCGGAAGGAGUGGAUUGCAGAUACAACCUGGCGGAAAAUUAAGGAGCGUAGAGAAGCAAAGGCUGCGAUAGAGCGGGCAAGAACUAGUGUAGCCAAGUACGAGUCUUGUCAACGAUAUUAA